GAAGAGUGAUGAUUAUCCCGGUGUGCCACAAAGGCUCUUGAAACAGUUGGCAAGUAGUCGCCACCGGCGGCAAAGAGUCGCAGAUUUUGCCGACAUCCAGCCGAGUACUUGCCACCGCUUUCCCGCCGCCAUUUUCACUCGGCAAACCAGUGUAUUUGCCGGACUUAAUCUGUCUACUUGCCGUCGACGGCCCAUCCCAGGCCAUAGCAAGCUUUAAAUGGUAUUUAAGAUUUUGCUUCUGGCCACAUUCUUGCCAACUACGGCCCGACUCGAAUGAGAUACCAAAAUGCCCCAACUCUUACUUAAAGUAGAGGAAACUUAAAAACCUCCACACCGUCAACAUUCUGUCCAUCAAAUCAGUAUUUUGUCUUUAUUCCAUUAAACGUACUUUGUCAUGAUUAAAUUUGCAGUAGUUAUAUUUCCCGACGAAGAUAACGCCAUUGACGUUAUAUCGUCAUCUUGGAUUCUUCCGCCACUUAUUGCAAAUGGGGGGACCCAAGUGAAGAACUGCAGAUAUCCACCAUCAAAAGUUCGAGGUGCAAAACUAGCCAAACUUGUUUGCAAUCAUCAACCCCCAUCUUCGGAUUGGUUGGUCUGUUCUUGUCGAGUUUUGAAAGAGUAUGGUAAGCAGUUUGUUGCAAAAAAGUAUAUGGCAAAACUAAUUACUUGCUGUUAUCUAUGUUAUUUUCUAGACAAUUAUUUGACCGCCCGUGAAGCAUCAAUUAGGGCGGAAGAAGCUUCCAACUUGGAGCCAUCUUCCGUUGAGGAGGCAGAUUCUAGGCGAAUCCGAAAACGCAUACAAAACAAAGUAAAGCCGCCACCGUGUAAUUCCAAUAGCAACAAGCUUCAAAAAAUAAUUGCUGUAGCCGAAGAUUCUAGCGACGAAUCCAACACGUUGGAGGACGACAACCCGACAACUUUUUGCCUUGGAUUAGUUAGAGAAACAGCCGAUUUGGAAAGGGGCGGUUAUGAAGGUGCAGCUAAUGACAACACAUUAUUUGCACCACCUCAUGGACAAAUAGAAAUAUACCCAGGAGGAGGAGAUCAAAACACUUCCGCAACCCACCAGGCAGAGGAUGUCGAGUUUAAAAAUCAGUUCGUACAGUUUCUAGAGGAAAAUAGAAAAUUUCAAGAUGCGGUGAUUUCCAAGCUAGAAAUAAUUUCUAGUAAGUUGAAGCACAUUAAUCUUGGGACGACGUGUGCAAAAAAUAUUAAAUUGACUGGAGCCCCGCUACUGCCUUUAACCAGCAAGGAUGGUUUAGCUUCCCUCAUAACCUGGCUUGGUAUUGAUAAAAAUAGUGACCUAAUGAUCGAUUAUCUAAGUCUACACGGAGGAGAAAAUGUUUCUGCAGUAACCGGAAGCAUUCUUUCUGAAAUAUUUACGAACCAGUUCGCAACAGUAGUUAGCUUUACUGGACAAGGACAAAAAGCGGUUUGUGGCAUAAAGGACUCAAUAUUACCUAAAUUAAUCACAAAGUCGGUGCGGUCAAAUAAAGGCUUUAGCCAAGCAACAGAUUUCGAGGUGAAGCAGGCAAUAAUAAACUGGUUGAAGAACGCUGGUGACAGAGGUGGGGGUCGAGCAGCUCGUCGUCAACGUCAUUUGACAGGAUGAAUACAGUCACCCCGAGAACGGAAUUACGCCGCAGAAGAAAAGCAACAUCACGUAUAUUGCAAUUUAUUAGAAGUAAGACGAUAGGAAAUACUGUGCCGACAUUAUUAUUUAGUGAAGAAAUUGUAGAGCCACCAGUGAAUGUUCAAAUAGUUGAAACUGAAAUAAGUAGCGCUGAACCCUCAGAUUUUGUAUUAGACAACAGUCAAGUAAAUGUUGAGUCAGAUAUCAAUUUUCCUUUACUUUUGCCAGAUAGUCUUCGUCUGUGGGCUACAGCACAUAAUGUUACACAUAUGUGUCUCCGAGAACUGAUAACCAUUAUAAAUCCACAUAUUAACAAUAUUCUUCCUCUCGAUCCUAGAACAUUAAUGAAAACGCCACGACAGAUAGUUAUAGAAAAGCUAGGUGGAGGUGAACUAGUUUAUUUCGGUAUAAAAAAAGGUGUGGAAAGACGGCUAAAACUAAAAUUAUCGGAUUGCAAUUUUCCAAUUAUUAAAAAAUGGCAGCAUGAGUCUAUUUCGAAAAUUAUUUCAAUAUCAGUUGGUAUUGACGGGGUACCGAUUUCUCAAAGUAAUACUAAGUCGUUUUGGCCAAUUCUUGGUAUGCUGGACCAAGCUGUAGAUUCAAGUCCAUUUAUUAUUGGAUUAUUUUGCGGCAUGUCAAAGCCAAAAGAUACUUUAUUUCUUAAACAAUUUGUUGACGAAGCAUUAGAAUUAGAAAGGACUGGUAUUUUAUUUAAAGACUUACAAUUUGCAUUUAAAAUAUCUUGUAUAAUAGCUGAUGCACCAGCUAGAAGUUUUAUAAAAGGGUGCAAACAGCAUAAUAGCUACAACUCGUGUGAAAGAUGCGAACAGGAAGGUGAAUGGCUUGGAAGAGUAAUUUUAAGAGAGACAGUAUGUCCACAGAGAACGGAUGAUAAAUUUAUUAAAAAAACGGAUGCAGAUCAUCACACAUACGACAGUGAAUUGCUGAGAUUAAAUUUAGGCCUGGUGUCACAAAUAGUACUUGACCAUAUGCAUUUAGUUUUUCUAGGAGUAACUAAAAAAUUAUUGAACAUUUGGGUGAAAGGUAAAUUGCCGCACCGACUUAGUUCACAACAAGUUUUAAUUUUAUCUAGAAAUUUAAUUCGACUUAGACCUUUUGUAUCCCGUGAUUUUCAACGCAAACCUCGUGGGCUCGACGAACUAAAUCAUUUCAAGGCCACUGAAUUUAGACUUUUUUUGCUGUACUCUGGAAUAGCAGUAUUAGGCGAGACACUUCCACUAAAUAAGUUUAAAAAUUUUCUAAAAUUACAAGCAGCGAUGUCAAUAUUAUUAUCUCCUAAUGCAAGUAUAAAAUCGUGGAAUGAUGUAGCCAGGUCGUUGCUCAUACAAUUCGUAAAAGAAGUUGAAUUAAUUUACGGUCCAGAAUUUAUGAUAUAUAAUGUGCAUUCAAUUAUACACAUUUGUGAUGAUGCAUUGAAUUUUGGUAAUUUGUCCAGGGUCAGCGCAUUUCCUUUCGAAAGCUAUAUGCAGAAACUAAAAAGCAUGCUGCAUGCUAAAAAUUAUCACCUGAAUCAAGUAGCGAAACGCUUACAAGAAAUUGAGGCAAUUGAUUUUGCGACAAAAAUUAUGAAAUCUAGUACGCAACAGUUUUCUAAUAGUAAAUAUGAUAAUUGUUUCUACUUAGGAGAUGGUACUUAUGUAAUAUUAAAAUAUAUUAACCUAUCCAUAAAAUAUGCAGAGUUUUACGAGGUUAUAAAACUUGAUAAAUUUCCGGAAUAUCCAUUCAAUAGCUUAACCGUAAAUAUAUUUCUAGCUAAAAUUACGACUAAUGUGAGGAUUGUUAAUUACAGUGAAGUUAUGUAUAAAUGUUUACUUUUACCUUAUAAAAAUAUGUAUUUGUGUUUACCACUUCUUCAUACUUUAAAAUAAAUAACAAAUGAAAAAGUAAAUAAUAUGUGCAAUUACUGGUGGCAUUUGGAUGGGUAUAAGCAUUUCCGCAGGUCUGAGCCAUGGUCUUGCCACCGGUGGCAAGCCGGUAUCAAGUUGGCGUGCCAACUGGAAUACGAAGUUGGCCCGUACGCGAUCGCCACCGCCAAGCCACCUAUGGCCAUUCGGACAUUUCCUGCAGUUUGCCGACCCAUUUUGGCCGCAGCUGCGCCUACUGCGGCCCUGCUAGUUUGGCAAAUCGGGAUUGUUUGUAAGGUUCCAGUUGUUGUUGCUGAUGUUGUUAGUAUUGGUGCUGU